CUCAGUAGUGAAUGUUUCGCGACUAAUAUGUUUUAUACGGCGCAAAGUUGAAUGGCUGUUUUUUAAUUCAUGCACACAGCACAGAGUGGAUAUCCGUCAAAGCGUUUGGCCAGAACGUCCAGGACGGACAUGACGGAAUGUGGUGUUUACUGAUGUUCGAGUCCGCAUCUGGAUGAUGUGAAAUAAACACGGAAACUAAAGAUGGACAGCAGGGUGCUGUUUUUUUUUUUGUGGUGAGUACUUCCCAGGACGGGCUUUGAAAUAAACACUCGAGUAGACAUGUAGCAUGAGGGGCUGGUCGUUUCGAGCAGGGGGGUCUUUGGGUCAUUUACGCCGGAGACCCGUGGUUAAGCACUAGCUUGCUUUCUUCAUGGAAUGACGACGUCUGCCCCGCUCAGCCGCCUCCAGACACACGGCCUUGGGUGAUGCUACCUGUCCCCGGACACACGCCCCGAUUGCCCGCAGCAAACUUCACUGUGAAUCAUGAAGAACUGCGAGUUCCAGCAAAUCGACCCGCGGGCACUUCCGACACCCACCCCGACCCCUCCGCAUCCCCGCCAGGAGAGCGUCAUGGCAGACGAGCCGAGGAGACCUAGGAGGAAGUGGGAAGUUUUCCCCGGGAAGAACCGCUUCUACUGCGAGGGACGGAUCGUCGCGGCCCGGCAAAGUGGGGUCCUGCCCCUCACCCUGGGCCUCAUCCUCGUCACCAGCGGAUUGUUCUUUACAUUUGACUGUCCCUUCCUGGUCAAACACCUGACCAGCUGCAUACCUGCUAUUGGAGGAGUCCUCUUCGUAUUUGUGGUGAUCACCCUGCUGCAGACCAGUUUCUCCGACCCCGGCAUCAUGCCCAGAGCGACACCAGACGAGGCCACAGACAUCGAGAAGCAGAUUGACAACACAGGAAACACCAGCCAUCGGCCUCCACCGCGCACAAAGGAGGUUGUGAUCAACCAGCAGGUGGUCAAGCUCAAGUACUGCUUCACCUGCAAGAUGUUCCGGCCUCCACGCACCUCCCACUGCAGCCUGUGUGACAACUGUGUGGAGCGAUUCGAUCAUCAUUGCCCUUGGGUGGGGAACUGCGUAGGGAAACGCAACUACCGCUUCUUCUACACCUUCAUCGUGUCCCUCUCCUUCCUGACCUCGUUCAUCUUCGGCUGUGUGACCACGCAUCUAGCACUGAGGGCUCAGGGUGGAAAAGGUCUGGUGUUUGCUCUGCAAGAGAGUCCUGGCAGUGCAGUGGAGCUGGUGAUAUGUUUUUUCUCAGUCUGGUCCAUCUUGGGCCUCUCAGGCUUCCAUACUUACUUAGUUGCUUCCAACCUGACCACCAAUGAAGACAUAAAAGGCUCCUGGUCAGGGAAGAGUGGAGAAGAUGUCACUAACCCAUACAGUCAUAAAAACAUCUGUAUCAACUGUUGUUCUGUGCUCUGUGGACCCAUGCCACCCAGCUUGAUCGACAGGCGAGGAUUCCUGCCCUCAGAUGAAUCUUCCCAGACAGGCGGCGCGGAAAUCGAGGUGCCAGCUGCGGCCACUAAAAGCGAGAUAAAUGUGUGCACACAGGGAACUAAAGGUCUGCUGGAGUCAGCCACUCUCCCUCCGCUCCUGUCCUCCUCGUGCCAUCAGGGGAAACCCCCAACAGCUCAUACCUGUUCAGACAACAGUGCAGCGUUGAACUCUGACCCCUCACAGGCACUUUCCACGGCCUGUGGGGCCCGCCACACCACCGGCUCUCAAGGUGAUACCUCUCCUUCACACCACACCAAGACUCACUCCAAGAAAAGUAAACCAGCAGCUUAACAUAUUCCCAACCCCACCUUGGACGCCCCUGUUUCCCCUUUCUCUCCGGAUGCUGCCAGCUUCGCCCCUUCGCAUUGAUGGACACCUUGAUGACGACUUUCUCAAGUGAGAACACACAUUGUCUGAAGCUUGCAUGCUGUAAAACAGUGAGAUACAAGUAUGCAUUCAUUUCUUUUUUUUUGUUGUGUGUUGGAAGUCCUGGGUGUGGUUGUUGAAGAAGGGGAUGACCAUCACAAAAAUGUAAUUUUGUGGGAUGUCUGUAAAAGAUGCAAUUCGCCUUUGGCUUAGUAUGGAAAGCAAUGUAAAAGACCAGUGGACUAACAGAGCUAUAUGUCCUUCAGUGAUUCUCAUGUCAGUCUCCGUAUGAAGGGUUAAAGCUCAGAAUGUGUAUGAGUAAAGAGAGAUGCUUCUCUUAAAGCAACAGUCCAUCCCAACUAUGGAAUUCACAUGUGUGACUUCCAUACUACAGCUCAGUUUAUAGUGUGAAUUUCAGCCAAUUUUUUCCUAAGCUGAAAAGCAGAGAUACAGUUUGUACUGAUGAUGUCAUGUCGAGAAGCUGAACAAUGGAACAAGUGAUGAGGUCUGUCGAGCAGCCGUGGAUCUUUUUCAAGAAUACGAGGGACAGUUUCUGCAUUAUUUUGGUAUCUGAAAGCUCUGAAAACAAAAAUGUAUGAUGGCGGAAAAAUUAAAGGAAAAGCCUACAAUACAUUUUUUUGUAAAUACACAUUCAGCGUUAGCUGUAUGUGCAAAAUGUCAGAGUCAGAUGGUACGGACUUUGCAGCCCAUGUAUUACAACACAAGAUUAUCAGGAGGUUUUAUCAAGAUCUGAGUUAUAGCACUUUAUUGCUACUUGAGCAUUGUUUUUGGAAAGAUAUUGACAUUAAUAUGAUAAAUCAAAUCUGGAGGUUUUUCCUUUAAACUUGUACAAAUAGCCACGUGUGCUGGUGUGAACAGUUCAAAUUUCUGAGCUGUAAAAUAUGGCAGUAAAUGCAACUGCAUGCUAAUAACAAAAGAUGUAUUUUUCUGUUAUUUGUGUGUAUUCAAAUCCAUUCACACCUACAUUCAUACAUCAUGUCACACACCUCAGACGACCCCACCUUCUUUUUGUGUCCCUGAAAUGAAGUGUUAUUAUUAAUUUCUGCUUUUGUUACCAUUAACAUUAGUCAUUUAAGGCUUAAAUGUCCACUUCCUGCUCACACUUUGCCUCAGCAGCAGCAAAACCGCCUCACUCCUUUCUCCUCCACUUUUGACUUUGUGCACUUUGACAAAUCUUAAAUAUCUGGUUGUGUUGGUUUGCUCUCAGGUGGAACGCUACAGUGGAGCUAAGCUAUCGAAUAUGCUGGGACUUAUAUCAUGCUAAUCCACAUUUAAUUCUGAUUGCAAUGGCUGCACAAAAUAUAUUGCAAAUGUAGGCAUGCACACACACACGGUUUGUAGUUCACUUGAGGAGCGUUAAGUCGACAACCAUUACUUCAUGUUGUGUAUUCAACGUGUCAGCCGUCAUCUCCAUCAUCACUGAGAGCCGAUGCAAGUGCUGCAUUUAAGAGGAGAAACAGUUGCACUGUAUUUGUUAUUUAAAAGCUACUGUCGAAAA